UGUUCUGCUUUGACUGUAAACUUUCUCCACGAGCUCAGUCAGUCAGUCAGUGAGCGGCGGACCGUUGGGCCGUUGGUACCGCGUCUGUCUCUGUGCUUUAACGGAAACUCCUCCGUUAAUCAUGUCCAAUUAACGGUUUGAUUCGGUAGUUUGGAGAAGCGGAAGAUAAAUUAAAUACCGGAGAAAACACUGUUGGAGAAAUGGAGGCUGUGAGUAAGUGGACCCCGCAACAAGUGGUGGACUGGAUGAGAGGUCUGGACGACAGCCUGCAGCAGUACACCCCGUCCUUCCAGCGGCAGCAGGUGGACGGGGAGAAGCUGCUCAGGAUGUCCCACCAAGAGCUGCUGUCUCUGGGCUUGUCGCGGGUCGGACACCAGGAGCUGGUGCUGGAGGCCGUGGAUCUGCUCUGCGCACUGAACUUCGGUGUGGAGAAGGACAACCUGAAGACGCUGGUGGGGAAGAUGAGAGCGGCGCACAGCAACCUGAACAGCGCGGUGUCAGAGCGCAGGAAGAACCCCGCCUACCACAGCAAAAUCUCCCAUCAGCCCUCCAACGAGUUCCUGACCGCCGUGGUCCAGCUGAUCGGAGCCGCCAAGAGUCUGCUGUCCUGGCUGGACAGGACUCCUCUGACGAGCACCAACGACUUCACUGCCACCAAAAGCAAAAUCAUCCAGCUGUGCCUUGAGCUCACCUCCACCGUCCAGAAGGACUGCACUGUUUAUGAGAUUGAGGAGAAGAUUCUGGAAGUGUCCCGAGCUCUGAACAGCGUCUGUGAGAAGACGGUCCAGGCCACCGCUGACCCCUCAAAGAGUGACAUGUCCUGUCUGGAGGAGGUGCACAUCACCAACAUCAAGCCUGGGGAGGGACUGGGUAUUUACAUCAAAUCCACGUACGACGGGCUUCACGUCAUCACUGGGACAACGGAGAACUCUCCUGCAGAUAAAACUCAGAGGAUUCAUGCUGGAGAUGAAGUCGUGCAGGUCAACACGCAGACCGUGGUGGGCUGGCAGUUGAAACACCUGGUGGAGAAGCUGAGGGCGGAGUCUGGAGGCGUCGUCCUGCUGGUGAAGAAGAGGCCGUCUGGAACGUCUGCCGGCUUCGCACCCGCACCGCUGAAGAACCUGCGCUGGAGGCCGCCGCUCAUACAGACCUCUCAGGGAGCGCCGGGUCUCUACAGAUCUCGACAGCCAGAGACCGCAGACGCUCCCGGGAAGAGAGGGAAGACCCCCAUAUCGGAUUUGUGCGUCCCUCCUCCCCCUGCAGCGCCUUACGUCCCGCUAGACGGGAACACCAGCGCGUCUCAAGGAGUGAAAAUGAGGCCGAAGUCUCCGAACUCGUGUCUGGACGCGGACGUGCGGCGACGCUUCACUUUUGCCGACGACAACAGGGCGCCCAUCGGCCCCCCCCCCACCUGCACUCAACCAACCAAUCCCUGUAAACCUCGACCCGUCUCCAUGCCGGUGGAGUCGUUCUCAGGUGACCCGUCCUGCAGGCCUCAGGGAAGGAAAGGUCACCAGGACGUCCUGCACAGAUACCUGAGUAACGAGGGAAUCAGCACCAUCACAGAGGAGGAGCCGUGCUUCCCCCUGCCGUACCGAGGACACCCGUCUGUCCGCGGGGUCGACCACAUCAGAGGCAGCCAGUGCUUCAUCAACGCCAACCUGCACAACACCGCCACCAUCCCCUACCAGGAAGCGGCGUCCAAGAAGUCUGCCGCCGCUGCCGCGUCUCCUCCGCUGGCUGUCACCAAACAGUCGACGUCGCUGCUCGGAGGCUGGCUGGCUCGUCUCCGGCUGCUCAGCCACUGACGAGUCUCAACAGAACGUUUAUUACUUAGAUAAGUCACACGGACGUAGUGGACUCCCGCCCUCGAGACAUCUACAGGAAAAACUUUCUACAUCAUUUUUACCAGAGAAAUAAAACUUCUGGAAUAAACCAAAGAUUCAAGAAGUCAACGCCAAAAACACAUCGCAGAGCAGUCGCUUGGUUCUACAUGAACCAGGACGCUUUCCUCAGAACGUUGACCUGUGAAUGCUUUUAUGAUAUAAAAGUGUACGCUGAUCUCAACUGAAAAUACAUUUGUAUCCACGCGAGCAACACGACUGUGUGGAUGGUAACCGAGGACUUGGGUGACCUCUGCAGCAGAACUUUUACAUUGUGAGAUUCAGCUGAUGGGCUUUAGAUCGGGAAUCGUUCUCUGAGAAACGGACCAAUCAGUGGAUGCGAAUGUUUCCAGUCUCGCUGCUUCAUCCACAGACUGAAUGAAAACAUGGACGUGAGUUUGAAAAUACACUUCAAAGCCUGUUUAUCAGUGUCCUACGUAUUCAAAGAGGAACAAAGAACACGUGAAACAAACCUCUUAAAGCGAAAUUACAUCUAGAAAACAUUUAGUUUAUCAAUGCAGCUGAUGAGAAGUUUAUAGACGACUCAAUAUUAAUACGCAUUUCACUUCAAAUGUAACCAGUUCUGCAUCUGAACCAGUUUCUGAUCUAUAAAUAAACAAACACACACGCUGAAAACAACCUUUCAGUAGAAAGUUUGGACCCGCUGAGCUUCCAUACAGGACGUCAAAAACAAGUGGGAAACAUUCAGCUUGUGCGUGGAAACAGAAAAUACUUUUAACCCCUCCAAAGAAUACCUCAUGAUUUCUGUUCAUGGCGUCCUGAAUCUGCUGAUGAUGAAGCUGGUUUUUGUUUUCAACAGAUCUUCAUUUCUUUCAAGUUCAACAGGAAUCAAUGAGCAGAAUUAUAAAUCAGGAAACACCAAAGAUUCAAGACGUUCACCACAAGUUCACAUUCAAAGAGCAAAUAAUCCAGUUUAAAAAUGAUGAAGCAUUUCUAAACAUCAGAGCUGCGUCUCGUCUUCCUCUCGGGACAGCUGGUGCCUCUUAUCUUUGUAAAUAUGUUUUAUAGAUUUAUUUUAUCACUGCAAAUAUGUGCUUUUCAGUUUAUGAGAAGGUUAAAACAAGUAGAAGUAAAAGAGCUCAACAUUGUUACUAAAUAUUUCUGAAGCGUCUUGUUACAACAGUAAUAACUAUAUAAACCUUUGAGGAGGAACUGAUCAGAGGGUCAAGGUUAAUAACAUUAAUACAAUUUUAAUCUACACCAAUUUUACCAACAGGUUUUUAUGACAUACAUUUUAAGAAAGCAGUUUUAAAGAAAACUAAAUGUCUAUUAAAGUAUAAAAACUUUCAAAUCUGUGUUUUAAUUGUUUUGAUUCUGAAGAUUUUUAAUGAAACUUAGCAAAGUUAAGCUAAAAGUUCACGCUGAAGAGAAUUAUUGUUCUUAUAUUUUGGUUUAAGAGUGAAAUGUAAACGUUAAAUUUCAAAGUGUUGCGUCUUUUCUUUAGAGAUUUUACCGUAAAUGUUUCCGUUUAAAUCUCAAACUGCUGCUGCCGUCACCUGACUUGCAGACGCUGAAAGCUGCUGAAGAUUUGAGGUCUAACUGGCUGAUAUGAAGUGUUUCAUGUGUAGCUUACAUCGCUCAAACAGCUUCAGGGGUUCCUCGUGAUGUUCUCUGAAGAACUCCUGUGUUUGAGGUUUCUUCAUCAUGACAAGCUUUCUGACGGAGUUCCUCAGGGAAGAGUUUUGGAUCAUCUGAUGUUUACAAUCUGAGGAGCUCUGCAAGUUCUUUUUUCUUUUGUAAAGUGUUUGUGGAUCAUGUUCGGUGUUUAUACUGACAACACGUGAUGCAAGAGAUACGAGAGCUUGUACAUAAGAUUAUCAGAGUGUAGUUGAAAGUGUACGGAUAGAACGUCUGCAAAGUUUAGAUACUUUUGGUUUCUGAACUUAACGUUUUGAUUUAAAGUGAGACUAUGUAACUUUUAAUAGAACACAUAAAAUUCCUAAUUUUAAACAUAAAAAGUUUUAUUUAUAAGCGACAAGACACUUAAUUAAUUACAUUCUGCUUGCCCUAAUAUGCCAUCGUAAGUAUGACCAGUAGCCUUCUGGUGGCUGUAUUUCUGACGUCCGUUUCCCCUUUUUAUUUUCUGCGUAUGAUCCCAUUACACGUUCCCGCUGGCUCUCCGAAUGACAGCAGUAGAGAAUCAUGGGAAAUGUAGGAAAAUCCAGAAUCCUGCAGUUACCGCUUGUGGCCGCUGUUCAGCAUCAUUUACAUCAUCUCACUUUAAUGUGACGAUCAUUUCAUCAUGUUUGUGUCAUUUUGCUAAACUACAUGCAUCUCAAGAAUCUGUUUUUCCUCUAAGUAUUUUGUAAGCGUCUCUUCUUAGUUUAACUGGUUUCAUUCUCCAUGUGUACAUCUGAAUUGUUCCAGAGCUGCAGUACGAUAUGAUGCCUCUGUGAUGCUUUGUAACUUGUGCAAAAAUAUAUCAAAUAAAGUGCAAUUUAUUUUAAAACA